UUAAUUUUUUUUUACUUCUUUUUUCUCAUGAUGUAAAACAGCCGUCAUUUAGUUCAGCAUCUCGUUUAAAGGACAUAUUUGCGAAAAAAAUGUGGUGAGGUUCAGCAACUGUCUUGGUGGUGUUUGCGCAGCUUCCAUAACAUGGUCUCCCGGCCCCGGCAUUUCUUCAUUUACAUAAACUCAACUUCUUACAGCGCAAGGGCUCCGAAUCUCAAAUCCGCAACUCACCUCCUCCAAAGUAACCUCCUCAACGGCCUUCAACAGCUGUCCGCCCAUAGACUCCAUCGCCGCCCCCCCUCCCAGCAAUCAAGAAAAUCGCAGACGCGUGGCUGCAGAUGACGCCGCCGUGCCGCUCAUUUCCCGCCUCGGAGCUGCCAGAGAGGAUCCAGCAGGAUGCUUCGGGUCGGCGCCGAAAGGUCGAGGGCGCGGGCAGCGUGUCUCGCAAGAUUGACUUAUCGGCCUGUGAGCUCUUCCAGAUGCUGCAGUACAGGUGCGAGGUCGAGCGACCGCUAUCGCGUGACAGUCCAGUUCGAUGCUAUGCUGUAGACCGGUUAUUUCGCAGGUGCAAAGAUAAAAAAGGCAUCUUCACCGUAGAGACAACGGCGUGGGAAAAGGAGAGGGCCAAAGGAGAUGGAAGCUUACAAGGAACCAAGCCUAGAGAGCCGCCAAAGCCGCAUCAGUGGUCGUCGAACUGGCAUGAUCCAGACGAGGCAUCUCCGUGAUGCUGCAGCUUUUCUUGCUGCAAUUUGCAAAUGACAAACGGGGCUGCAAUCCCUCCGGUAGGAGAGCUCUCAACGCUAUCAGUAUGAGCGGCGCUGGGCAGGGGCGAGCA